AUGACCACGAGGGCGCUGGCCAUGGGCCUGAGGCCUGGAUUCUACAUGAACAACUACAUCUGUGCUGAGAGCUCACCUCGCGGUGGUGUCGGAGGCGAGAUCUAUAUGCGGAAUAUGAGAGGGUCCGUGGAGUUUCUCGUCGAGCACGGGUUCCAAUACAUCAAGAUUGACAGUGGCAGCGUUUACAACGACCUCCAGCUCUGGAGCGAUCUGCUCGAGGCCACGGGAUCUCCUAUUGCGAUCGAGAACUGCCACCAGGGGGGACAGGAGCCCAACGCAACGUGGUGUCCCUUUGACCUCUUCCGCACCGCUGGGGAUCUGCACAGCGUGGGCUUGGAUGUCGAGCUCCUGGCCACUGCUGCAGCCCUGAACCAGUCCAGGGUGGGCUGCUGGGCCUACCCCGACACCCUGGAUGCAAGCGCUCUUCCGGCGAUGAGGAGCCAGUUUGGAGCCUAUGCAGUCAUGUCGGCCCCGCUCAUGCUGAGCUUUGACAUCCUGGAUGACGGCAAGCUUUUGGAGGUGUGGGACAUCAUCACCAACGAGGAGGUGAUCCAGGUGAACCAGCGCUGGGCCGGCGCUGCCGGGCGGCUGCUCCGAAAGUGGUCUCCGCACGCGGGCCACGAGCGCCUCUUUGCCUGGGCGCAGCCCUGUGGGCCAGCCGAGGAGAAUGCCAGCGGCUGGGCCUACGACGCGGAUCGGCAGCAGGUGACCUGGCGUGGGCGCUGUCUGUCCUGGGCGGACGGCGCAGCCAUCCUCGACUGCCAGCAAGCUGAGAGGCCAUCCCCAGGCCCUAGACCCUAA